CAUGCUCGCAUCUUUAACUAUAUAAUCACUCCACUCAUUUCUAUUUUUCUUCCUUCAUUGCGUCGUUGUUUGUUGUUUCCCUUCAUCUAUUUUUUCUUCGCCCCCUUUUGUGUUUCUUUUUUUGGUUGUUUGUUCUUUCUUCUCGUUCGUCGCUUUGUGAUCUCUCUCUGCAACCAUGUCCGCCGAGAAAGAGAGAGAGACCCAGGUUUACUUGGCCAAGCUUGCCGAGCAGGCCGAGAGAUACGAAGAAAUGGUUGAGUGUAUGAAGAAAGUAGCAAAACUUGAUCUUGAUCUAACUGUGGAAGAAAGGAACCUCCUCUCAGUGGGAUACAAAAAUGUGAUUGGUGCACGAAGGGCCUCUUGGCGCAUCAUGUCCUCAAUUGAGCAGAAGGAAGAGUCUAAGGGAAAUGAGCACAAUGUUAAACUGAUCAAGAGUUACUGCCAAAAAGUUGAGGAGGAACUCUCCAAAAUUUGUGGGGACAUUCUGACUAUUAUAGACCAGCAUUUGAUUCCUUCUUCCGCAUCAGCAGAAGCUAGUGUUUUCUACUAUAAGAUGAAAGGUGAUUAUUUUCGGUAUCUUGCUGAGUUCAAGACUGACCAAGAAAGGAAAGAGGCAGCUGAACAGUCACUGAAAGGAUACGAGGCUGCUUCAGCCACUGCAAACACAGAUCUUCCAUCAACACAUCCAAUCCGUCUUGGACUUGCACUCAAUUUCUCUGUCUUUUAUUAUGAGAUAAUGAACUCUCCUGAAAGGGCCUGCCAUUUGGCUAAGCAAGCUUUUGAUGAGGCAAUUGCGGAGUUGGACACCCUGAGUGAAGAGUCAUACAAGGACAGCACUUUGAUCAUGCAGCUGUUGAGAGACAACCUGACUCUCUGGACCUCUGAUUUGCCUGAGGAUGGAGGUGAGGACAGCAUAAAAGCUGAAGAAACCAAACCUUCUGAGCCUGAGCAUUGAUGUGAUUCAAUAGUCAGAAAUCUAAGGUACUCUCAAAGAGGACAUUUUCUAGCAAUGGAUUUGGACCCGGACAAUAGGGACUGUGGUUGGUGGCCAUUUCAUAAUUCUUAUGCUCUCUUAAUAUCUUUACCAAAGCUAGAAGAUCUGCACCCUUUUUUUUUCCUUCAAACUUUUUUCUUAUUACCUUCUCUCUGUUUUAAGUAAAAUGGUCAGUUAAGCAAUGAACAAUUUACAUUUACCCUUAUAAGCAUCUUCAUUCCUUCGUUCAUUA